AUGGCUCCCUCAGUCACCCUCGCGCGCUUCGGCUUCGCCCUCCUGCUCGUCGCCGUAUUUUCUCCCUCCCGCUGUGAAGGUUAGUGCAACAUCCUCACCAUUCUCUUUCUCCGGGGUUCUCUCUGUACAGCUUCUUCUAGGGAUAACUAAGUAUCAAUCCUUCACUCUCAACCUGCAGCACAGAACCCAUCCUCAAUCGUAGACAACGCCAUUCUCUGCUUCAACAACACAUCCGUAAGCCGAUUACUCCUCUCUCUCUCUCUCUUUCUGUGGUACCUUUUAUCAUGAUCUGACGGUCCGAAGGGGUUAAACAGAUCUACAGGAACUGCCAGGAGCAGUAUAGGUUGACGGCGAACGGGACGCUGAAUGUGUCUGGAAACGCCGUCGACGCCUUCUGCAGCGGGCCCUGUUUGGCCGAAACUCAGCUCGUUCUUAAGUGCAUCGACGGGAUAUUGUCUAACUUCAAUUUCUACAAUGGAGCGACGAUAAGGGCUGUCAACGCUACGAUCCUCAUUGCUUGUGGAAGCGGCAUUGGAAGAGGUAAUUAG